GUUGUGCCUAGACGCAGGCGGCACGUGCUUUCCUCUCCUCGCUUGUUCGGCAUAUGAGGGCGACAAUGUUGUGACCUGCGGUGUUUACGCUUGCUCCCUGUCGUCACUGUUGUUUGCAAUUAAUCUGUUGCUAGUAGUUACCAGAUGGUCUGUUGCACGCGAUUGUAAAUUAUGAUCCCACUUAGAACGCUGCGCAGGGCUAGCGCUGCUUCUAAUCGUCUGUGUCAAUGCAAAUAUAUUGUCAGGGCUUGUUCAAGCGAUGGAGGUAGCAAAAAGUCCGAUUCCAUAGUAGGUGAUAUCUCCGAGGGACGCAAGCCGUUUAAUAUUUUGCGGGAUGAGUUCAGAGGCUACUUUAAACCGAAGGGCUCUGAAGUACAGGAGCCGCUUUUUCCAAACGAAGUGGAUAUUUUAGUGGUUGGUGGAGGCAUCAUGGGAUCAUCCAUUGCCUACUGGCUCAAGCAGAGAGCGCCCGAGAGUUUCACUUUGGGCGUGUUGGAGCGUGAUUUGACGUAUGCCCGAUCAUCCACAGUGCUGUCAGUCGGAGGAAUAAGGCAGCAGUUCUCAUUGCCUGAAAACGUCCAGCUUUCUCUUUUCAGCGCCGAGUUCCUUAGAAACGUCAAGCAGAACCUUAGUGUUUUGGACUUCGACCCACCUGAUAUACAGUUUCAGCCACACGGCUACCUUUUCCUUGCCUCUGAGAAGGGAGUGGACCAAAUGGUGAAAAACGCGGAAAUGCAGGAGGAACUGGGUGCCAAGAUUGAACUGCUCAAGCCUGAUGUACUUCGGCAGCACUUUCCAUGGAUAAAUACAGAAGGUAUCGCGCUUGCAUCACAUGGUCUAGAGAACGAAGGCUGGUUUGAUCCAUAUGCUCUUCUUACUGCCUUGCGACGAAAAGCAGUCUCUCUCGGAGCACGGUAUCUUAAUGCAGAACUCGUAGGGUUUGAAUUUCAAAGUACAGCUGCACAUCCAGGACCCGACAUAUCAUACGAGCCUGUAAAUCAUGCAUUGGUGAAGACACCAGAUGGAGUGACACGCAAGAUAACCUUUGCCAUUUUGGUGGUGGCUGCAGGCCCACACUCUGGUGAAAUGGCCAAGUUGUUGCGCGUUGGUACUGGACAGGGACUUCUGGAGUUUCCUCUGCCUGUUGAACCUAGGAAGCGCUAUGUGUACGUUGUGCAGUGCCCAGAUGGCCCUGGGCUCAACUUUCCACUGGUUGUAACAUCUGAUGGAGUGUACUGUCGUCGAGAGGGCCUUGGGGGCCACUUUGUUUGUGGCAAGUCACCUGCUCCUGAUGAAGAACCAGACGUUGGGGAUCUUGAUGUGGAUUAUUCAUUCUUCGAUAAGGCAAUUUGGCCAACACUUGCUCACAGGAUUCCAGCUUUCAAGUCCCUGAAGGUGAAAAGUGCCUGGGCUGGAUUCUAUGACUACAACACAUUAGACCAAAAUGGUUGCGUGGGACGGCAUCCUUGUUAUAACAAUGUUUUCUUUGCAACUGGAUUCAGUGGACAUGGCAUCCAGAUGGCACCUGGGGUUGGUAGGGCUGUUAUGGAGCUCAUACUUGAUGGAAAAUAUGUCAGCAUUGACUUAAAACGUUUCGGCUUGGAGAGAUUCAUACAUCAAGAGCCGAUCAAAGAGGCUAUUAUUGUGUAGUGUGACUGCUAGGCUGUUUCAAGGGCACAGUGUAAUGUGUUCCAAAUGAAUUAAAGAAAUUCCAAAUGAAAGAUUUACCUGCUAUGGGACUAUAGUCACCCAUCACGUUUUAUAUUUAUGUAUUGCUGCAGACAAAUGUGAAUGCCUUGAAAAA